UUGUGUUUUACCUACUGUAGUGUAGGCUAGGGCUAGAGUUAGUUAAGUUCGUAUUGUAGUAGGUUCUACAAAUCACAAUGUUAUUUGGUUGAAAAAAUUUCUUUACACCGUUGACUAAAAUGGGUUGUGCUAUAAGUUCCUCUGGCGAAAAAGAAGCUUCUGAGCGAUCAAAGAAAAUCGACAAAGAUUUACGUGCGGAUGGAGAAAGGGCGGCCCGAGAAGUGAAGCUCCUGCUAUUAGGGGCUGGAGAGUCUGGAAAAAGCACAAUUGUAAAACAGAUGAAAAUCAUACAUGAGACAGGAUACUCGAAAGAAGAAUGUGAGCAAUACAGGCCUGUUGUAUACAGCAAUACCAUUCAGAGUCUUAUGGCCAUCAUCAGGGCUAUGGGACAACUGAGGAUUGACUUUGCUGAUCCAAGUAAAGCUGAUGCUGCACGCCAGUUUUUUACCCUCGCAAGUGCUGCUGAGGAGGGGGAACUGACUCCAGAGCUGGUCAUGCUGAUGAAGAAGCUCUGGCAAGACCCUGGAGUGGAACUUUGCUUCUCUCGCUCCAGAGAAUAUCAACUCAAUGACUCUGCUGCCUACUAUCUGAAUGCCUUGGACAGAAUCGCACAGCCCAACUACAUUCCAACCCAACAAGAUGUGUUACGAACAAGAGUGAAAACCACAGGAAUUAUUGAAACCCACUUCACUUUUAAAGGUCUCCAUUUCAAAAUGUUCGAUGUAGGAGGUCAACGAUCAGAGAGAAAAAAAUGGAUCCAUUGUUUUGAAGGAGUCACUGCCAUCAUAUUCUGUGUAGCCCUCUCAGGUUAUGAUCUGGUGCUUGCCGAGGACGAGGAAAUGAACAGAAUGAUUGAAUCAAUGAAGCUGUUUGAUUCAAUAUGUAACAGUAAAUGGUUUGUCGAAACAUCAAUCAUUCUUUUCCUGAAUAAGAAGGACCUGUUUGAAGAGAAGAUAACCAAGAGUCCUUUGACCAUAUGUUUUCCUGAAUACACAGGUUCUAACACAUAUGAGGAAGCAGCCGCCUACAUCCAGAUGAAGUUUGAGAAUCUCAACAAGAGGAAAGAUCAAAAAGAGAUAUACACUCACUUCACAUGUGCCACUGACACCAAUAACAUACAAUUCGUCUUCGACGCUGUCACAGACGUCAUCAUAAAGAAUAAUCUUAAGGAUUGUGGAUUGUUUUAAGGAAACUAGAUCGCUUGCCAUCAACUGCAUUGCCAUUAGUUUUUAAGAUCUCAUCAAUGAACUCCAUUCCUUAUUAAGACUUUAUGAGCUAUUUUCACAAUCAGUCAAAACUAUUAAUUUGCCGUUAUCUUUGUAUUGAUGUUUUGUAUUACUUAUCAAAGCACUUUCUUAUUUCAGCAAAUUUUUCCAUAUAGGAAAUAAGCUAUUACCAUAGGUCUUAUGGUAUGACCUGGACCAGGGACCGAUUUAUUUUUUUGCUACGAGGUCCCCAGAGAGGCCAAAAACACCCUUAUAUUCAUAUUCAAAUUCAUAUAUUUAUGUGUCCGUUAUCAAGAUAACUCGAGCAAAAAAGAUCCAAUUUCGACGAAAUUUGGCACAAACAAGUAAACCUAAGUUUACUCGAACGAGUUUGCGAACCAGCAUGAUCAGACUUAAGGAACGGGGUUUUAUGGUGUAGAAUCAGUUUUUCCCAUUUUUACCCUAAAGUAAAAUCACAAAAUGUUGCAAUAUUUGUCGAUACUAUUUUGUAGCGCUAAAAAAAAUAAAUAAUCUAUUAUAUUGAAACUUUGUUUUAUACCUAAUGGUCUCGGAGAAAAUUUAAAAAGGUGUAAAAUAAGAAUUCCCAUAUUAUUUUUAUUAAGGAUAACUGUUGUAGUUUGCUAAGCUUGUUUAUGGAUAUAUUUUGAUCAAUUUUGUUUUGGUAAUUUUGUUUAUUUCAUACUAAGCUACCAACAUUUCAUUCAAAACGCAAGUACUCAAAAUUAAUGUUUUUUUUUUAUGGGAAAUAAAUCUGACAAGGGACCAUUUUAGUGGAAAUUUAGCCAGCUAAAUGGAAAUUGGCUUAGUCUGCAGGAUUGCUAUGGCAGUAUUGUAAUAGUAACUUAGAAAUUUGCUAAUAUAUGUAAACAUUUGUAAACCUAGGAAUAAGGUUUGUAACACAAGAUAAGCUUUAACUACAAAUCGUUCAAGUUUUAUUUAUUUUUACAACCAGAUAAAAAAAAACAAUUACUAGGCCUAUCAUGAUAUUUGAGCUAUACAUAGGUGGUGCUAGAUUUAAAAAAUCUUCUAUUUGUGCCUUUACUAAGCUACAACUACAUCCUUAUCAACUAAAGAAUUACUUAGGAACGUGGUUUUUAUAUUUUUAAAUUAUAAUAUAACUUAAGUCAAUCUGUAGUAUGUACAUAAUAGUUUUUCUCAACUGUAAAUAUAGAUUAAUUAAAAUCAAAACCAGAUUGCAAGAAAUAUACGUACUAACACACAUUUUGCUCAAGAGUGAGUGCCUUAUUAAGAUAAAUGUAUAUUAAUUGAAACUCAAAAAUUUAAAUUUUGAUAAGAAAUACUGUACUUUUUGUGAAGUAAAAUUAAUUAAUCUGUGUUUAAAUUAAACAAAUAAACACAAAGAAAGAAAGGAGAAACUGUGUAGAUAAAUUUGAUUUUUGUUGUCUUAUAUUGCUUCAUAUGCAGGUUAAAGUUAUAACCCUUAAAACUAGAAAUUACACAUUUUAGAAUCUUCUGUGAUUGGGACAGUAAUGCAGUUUUAGUGUGCUAGGGCUACAUUUUUAGAUAAAAGACCAAAACUCACCUUGUCGAAACAAGCUCAAACUCAACAGACAAGGCAGAGCCUAGGCUAGUGAUGAAUUGUAUUGUUAAACUGCACAAACUAUAAGCUAUCUUCACUUAAAUAAAGUUGUAUACAUUUAGUCGUUAGAUACAUGGUGGAAGUAAGUAAGGUGUGCUAUUCAGCCGGACGAGUCUGAGACCGUUUUGCUCAUCACGAUGUGACGUCACCUUGGGGGCAAACUGCCUCGCAAGCGUAUAUAACUCAGUGUGACGCCGCUUGAUUAACAUCAACAUUUUGAACAGUUAGAAUUGGGAAAAAAUUAUAAAACUUGACAUGGACAUUAAUUAUUAUAAGUGGACGAUGCGUGUUGUGAAAAAAUAUCUAGUAUAUGUACAAACUUAACCGUGAAAUCACUCUUUAUACUUGGCCUUUCUUAAAACUAAACAUGAAAAAGUUAGUCGGCUACCAAAUCACGUACUAUUUGGUUAGAAGCAUCUGACCAGCGGGAAAGUUUUAGAUAAAGAUUCAAAUUUAACUUUUUUUAACUAAAUACCAUUAGACGCUUAUUUCCUGGGAUACGCGUAGUUAUAUUAGCACAUGAUCAGAGCGGGCGCUGCGAGUCGAUUCAGUUGCCAUGUAUAAAUCACGCAUUACCAUCCAACCAAUAAUGUAGUUUUAUGAAUAUAGUAGUGGUGAUAUUUUUAUUCCUAUAUUUAUAUUUUUAUGUGUGAAAAUUGUAGUUCUGUUGACUUCAGGAUGUUUUUUUUUCAGUUUGAAUACAGAUUAUUUUGUAAUAGUUCCCAGAGAAGAUAUAAUUUGGUCUUAUCUGUCAAUAGGGUUAACGUUGCCAAAUAACAUUUAAAGUGUUGCAAAUCGUAUUGCAUAUAAUAUUUUAAAUAAUGAAUUCUCUUUAACGCAAAGAAAUGUAUAACAUAGUAUAUAAAAUAAAUACUCUGUUUAAAAUAAUUUGGUGAUUAAACAUUGUAUUUAUAAUCAGCAAGCAUUCAGUGAUUAAAAUAUCAAACUGUUUCACUCUUGUAAUACAAUAAUAAAAAAAAAACUGAUGUUUCAGUUUAACUUGACUGCUAGGAUCCUAUUUCACUGGGGUUGUUAUCUAUGUCGCAACUUUGGCUUGGAUGCAGGGGUGUGGGCAGGAGAUGGUCACGUGUUGUUUGUUUUGUUUUUGUCUCGGUGUUGACCGCGAGUUGCAGUAGAUAUAAGUUUUGCAAAGGGUAGGAACCUAUCAUCAAAAUCAAGCAAAUAAACAGAAAGCUAAGACAAUGUAAUUUUGCAAGUGGAAAAAAAGAAAAUUUCUGAUGAAACUUAAAAAAGCUUAGAAAAAUCCAGAGCUGAUGAAAUGUUUUACAUGUUUACUUUCAGGUCGUAAAUUUUGAUAUAAAAAUAUAAAAUGUAAUAAACUAUUUUAGUGUAAAACUUAUUAUAUUACAUCUGUCACAUGUUGAUAUUACAUAUUUGGUUGAAAAUGUAUAAUACAAAGUAUAUCCUUAUAACGUAUAGCCACAGUGUAUUGGAUAAUUAAUGCGUGGCCUUUUUAUCCAAUAAACGGCGGCCUCGGCUGAAAGCACGCUCCGUUGCCGCUUGAUAUCAUUCUUCGUAGCUAAAAAAGUAAUUCCUUUAUCGAAAUCUAAUCGAUACUACAGUUAAAUUAGAACCUUUCCCUAAAUCUUUCCGUCAGGUCUGACAAACCUGACCAAAUAAUACGUGAUUUGGUAGCCGACUAACUUUUUCGUGUUAGUAUGAAAAAGUUUAAGUUCAGUGGUUUAGUGGUUUUUAUUUGAAAUAAAUUAAUAACAUUUAAAUCAUCAUAAGCAUCUUAUGUUAAUAGUCUAUGACUAUGCAAAGUUUCAAAAAAUUUAUCGGUUCUAACUAUUUAAAAUUACGAUCAAUCAAUCAAUCAACCCCGCCCCGCACCACCAUCGCCCGGCCACGAUGCGCAGUAGCACAUCUGUCUUUACUUCCACCAUGAUUAGAUACUACUAAAAGGAUUGAUUAUGGUAACAGUAGUCUUCUAUGCAAGAGGAAUUUGGCUUGAUGUCCCCAACAUUUAAUGGGCUUGGAUUGCUCUCUCUUAAGAGAACAAAAUCCUCUGUCAUAUUAUGUUGUACUUCUGGAACAUUAUUGCUAAUGUCUUCCUUUGCUUCCUAGUAUAAGCACUUACAAAAAAGAUAUUUUGCCAAGUUUAAUGGCUUCAGCAUGACUCAUGGAUGUUAUAAAUGCUUAUGCAAAUAUUUAAAGAUGUUUAUUGCUGUGAUUUUAUUUGAUCUUAUUGUUGUGUGUAAAACUGUCGACUCCUGCACAUUCCCAACUUCAUAUUAAACAAACAAUUAUUAUGUGAUUUCUCCAACCAUAUUUUCCAACAAUUUUUUUUUUAUUAAGGCCAUUCUUUAGACAGCUAGGAUGUAUUUCAUUUUUGUGUCAUUUAGUAAUAACUUUGUCUGAUUAAAACAACUAUGUUUAUAUCAUCUUAAGUUUUCCUAUGAUUGAGAUUAAAGGCAGCAUUUAAUGUCUUAUAGUGGUAGUCAAAGAGGGAUGGACUCACUACAGUUUUUGUUUACUACACUUGCACUAAUUUAAGUAACAUUACCUAGUGCCUGUCUUCUACAAAAAAUCACAAUUUGUCCCUUUUAAGUCCUUUUUAAUAAGCCCUGAGAAUUUUUUUUAAUACACCCAAUACCUGAAGGUGUUUUUUUAGUUAUUAAACUAAUAAAAACAUUUGGAAGGGUAAAAGAACGAAAGGGUAGAUAGUUAAUUCAAAGAAGAUUAUUAUUAUUUUUGUUAUUCUUAAAGCUAACUUAAACACAACAUUAAUAUUUACACUACCUGUACUAAAAUAUGUAAAUUACGGAUUAUGUUGUCAAAUUCCAAUUUUUUGUGCACCACUUUUCCAGUGUGUAUUCAAAGCAUUCCUACCAUCACAUUUGUAUAAUUGUAUGAUAAGUUAAGCAUUAAAUGCCAACUGAUGUCUGGUAUGAGGCUUGUGAAAACAAGUAGAUGCAAGUAAACAUAAUUUUUCAUUUUUUGUAUUUUCACCUCUGUAUAAUCUUGUUUGUAGGCCUUAUCAUUAAUAGUUCUACAUACAAUUUUCUAUUGAUACAAUCAUAGAUAAAACAUACUCCCCCAAGUAGAUUUCUCAUCCUUAUGGAACAGCUGAAGACAAUUUUAUUGUUAGUUCUGUACGGUUAUGUAGAGGUCGUGUUUUGUAUACAAUUUGUUUCCCGUUAUUACAGUCAUUUAAAAUCUUGUUUGACCAUAUAAUACGAUCUAAUCUUAAACAAUAACUUGUCCCCUAGUUAUAUAACCAAACAGUAAAGCACAAAUCAAGAAAUUAACCCUAAAAUAAUAGAAACAAAAUUUCGUCGACACUAGCGCCCAGAUUCAUUGUACAUGAACUAGACACAAAAAACGUGCUUCAAAAUUUACAAUGGGAUGAGAAGUCUACUUGUGUUGGUUAGUCUAUGAUACAAUUUAGAGCAAUAUCUUAUUUAUAUUAUUUUCAAAUGGUAUUGUGUUGUGUCAAAGCGCUCUCUGGAUUACCUUUGAUAGUUCUAUUAUUUAGUUAUAACUUACCCAUAAAUUAAUAACUUAUGAAUUUUGUAAGAUAUUUUUACGAUUUUAUAAAUAAAAAAAUU